CCAAUGGCAAAUCCAUCUCCAGCGAAGAGCAUCGGAGACCCAGGAAUCACCCCCCUGUCCCCGACACACAUACAGAAUGAGUCGGACCACGUCCCAGACAGACCCUCCUUCAUUGUGGUUGUGGCUAUCGAUUUUGGAACAACUUCGAGUGGAUACGCCUACGCCUUCACCAAAGAACCAGAGUGCAUCCACACUAUGAGGCGCUGGGAGGGGGGAGACCCGGGUGUAUCGAACCAGAAGACCCCUACCACCAUCCUCCUGACUCCUGACAGGAAGUUCCACAGUUUUGGGUAUGCGGCGCGAGACUUCUACCACGACCUGGAUCCUCAAGAGUCCAAACACUGGCUCUACCUGGAAAAGUUCAAGAUGAAGCUCCACACCACCGCAAACCUUUCGAUUGACACGGAGCUGCAGGCGGCCAAUGGGAAGAGAGUGAAGGCGCUGGAUAUUUUCGCCUACGCUUUGGCUUUCUUCAGAGAACAGGCACUCAAGGAGCUAAGUGACCAGACCGGAGGAGAGUUUGACAACAACGACGUGCGAUGGGUCAUCACGGUCCCCGCUAUCUGGAAAAUGCCAGCAAAGCAAUUUAUGAGAGAAGCAGCCUAUAAGUCCGGUCUUGUCUCUCGUGAUAACCCAGAGCAGUUGAUAAUCGCGCUGGAGCCUGAGGCUGCCUCCAUCUACUGCAGGAAACUGCGUCUGCAUCAGAUGGUGGACCUGAGCGGGCAGAGGAGUACCCAGAAUGGGGUGAGCCCCACGGAGAGCCUGGGCACCACCAUGGCACAAGUGAAGGAGAGCGUACGGAAGAACAGACAGAGUCGGACGUUUCUGGUGGAAAAUGUGAUCGGGGAGCUGUGGUCCGAGCUCCAGGAAGGGGACAGAUAUGUUGUGGUGGACUGUGGAGGAGGUACUGUCGACCUCACAGUUCAUCAGAUCAGGCUCCCUGAAGGUCACCUGAAAGAGCUGUACAAGGCCUCAGGAGGCCCGUAUGGCUCCAUCGGGAUUGACUAUGAGUUUGAGAAGCUCUUAUGUCGGAUAUUUGGUCAGGACUUCAUUGAUCAGUUUAAGCUGAAGCGUCCGGCGGCCUGGGUGGACCUCAUGAUCGCCUUUGAGUCCCGAAAACGAGCUGCCGCCCCAGAACGCACCAAUCCCCUCAAUAUCAACCUUCCCUUCUCCUUCAUCGACUACUACAAGAAGUACAGGGGCCACAGUGUGGAGCACGCUCUGCGCAAAAGCAAUGUGGACUUUGUGAAGUGGUCUUCUCAGGGGAUGCUGAGGAUGAGUCCAGACGCCAUGAACUCUCUGUUCAAACCCACCAUUGACCACAUUAUACAACACCUACAGGAGCUGUUCUCAAAGCCUGAAGUUUCUGAUAUAAAGUUCCUGUUCCUGGUGGGGGGAUUUGCUGAGUCGCCGCUGCUCCAGGCAGCGGUCCAGGACAUGCUUCAGGGGCAGAGCCGUAUCAUCAUCCCGCAUGACGUGGGCCUGACCAUCCUGAAGGGGGCAGUGCUGUUCGGCCUAGACCCCAGUGUCAUUAAGGUGCGGCGUUCACCUUUGACCUAUGGUGUGGGCGUGCUAAACCGCUUCGUGGAGGGAAAGCACCCGCCCGAGAAGCUGCUCGUGAAGGAGGGCACACGUUGGUGCACGGAUGUGUUUGAUACCUUUAUCAGCGCUGACCAGUCGGUGGCGUUAGGUGAGGCCGUCAAACGUAGCUACACACCAGCUAAACCCGCGCAGCAAGUCAUUGUCAUCCACGUCUACUGCUCCGAGAAGGAGGUCGUGAGCUUUAUUAGCGAGCCCGGGGUCAAGAAGUGUGGCACUCUUAAACUGGAUGUGAGCGGCACCGAGAGUACUGCCCCCCGCAGGGAGAUCCAGACACUGCUGCAGUUUGGAGACACAGAGAUCCGAGCCAUGGCCAUAGACGUGAGCACCGGGCGCACCGUGAGAGCCAGCAUCGACUUCCUCAGCCACUAGAGAUAAUACAGUAGAAAUAUGAAAUAAUAAAGUCAAAUAUUACAUAAGAAACACGCCAAAACACACGCCAUAAACAUGUCCAUGUCCAUCAGGCGACACGCGGCGCUUGCUGCCCCGGGGCAGUCUCCUUACAGUGUGGCCUCUGCUCUACCCGUGAGCCGGUAUUUCUGUGAACGAUGUCGUCUCUCAGUCAUAACCAUGACGACACAGUGUACACUAAUGUAAAACUGCUGUAUUCUGCUCUCUCUUAUCGUCUCUGAGAUUAAAACAACCAAAGCCCAUUCCCCUUCUCCAGACUCAAAACGCUGUCACGGCUUACAACUAUCGUUUUUAGCCUCAUUCAAACAGCUCCUCUCCUGAUCAUCGCAGAAUACACAUCUCUCAAUGUUUUUACACAAAUCUCAUCACAUGUGGAGGCGGAACAGGGCAGAACACAGCAGAACACACCAGAACAUACCAGAACACUCAAGAACACGCCUUCAUUACAAACCCUUAACCCCUCUCACCCUCAUUAGUCAUUCAUCCCUCGUUUAUUCACCAUUUUCACUCGUUCAUCUCUCCAUUACUCGUUCAUCUCCCCAUCAUCACUCAUUCAUCUCUCCAUCAUCUCGUUCA